AUGACAUCCGAAGGGAUACCAAUUCAUAUAAAAAAGCCUAUGAUUCAUACGAAUAUAUCCGAAGAAAGCAUGCUUGACUCAACGUCCGAAAUUACAUCAACUGAAACUUUGCAAGAGACAUCAAUUACAAAAUCAUCGGACGUUAUAUCACAAAUAAUUCAAUUUCUUUCGGCUGUUUUCAAAUUUAUGGCUUCAAAAGAUCCCUCAUUACGAACUUUUGCACCAGAAAUAGCUUUCCUUUUGGAUGCUGUUAUGGACUUUUUUUCGACAACAUCAAAAAUUAAUUUAAUAUUAUAUCUAAUGAUUUUCUUCGCAUGGAGUUAUCUACAGAAAUCUCCUUUAAUAUUGCUGAUUCUUGGAUGCGCUUUUGGCUAUAUGCUUCGGAGUAAUUCUGAUGGAUCUAGCCAGAAAAAGAUUUUUUUGGCACAAGAAUCUUAUAUACAACAAAAUACACAAAAUUCUCUACAGGCCAUUGAAUGUGAAAAAGCAACUUCUUCAGAACUUUCUAUUACCCCUCGAGUAGAUGAUUCAUUAAAUAAAGCAUUUGAUUUUAUCGUUCGGGAUAUAGUUGUUUUUUAUUAUGAUCAAAUAAAUUCAAACAAGGAUUCCGAACUUUACAUUCAUGUACGAAGUGCCAUGAAUGUUAUGGCAACGAAUUUGUCUUUGUGCCUCCAGAAUGUUGAUAAAGUAGAAUUAGGAAUCAUGUCUAGUUUUGCUAUUGCAAACAAUUUUAUUGUCCAUUUG